AUGCCAUGUAGCAACAUUGAUAUUAUAGAGUCAAGGUUGAAGGCACAGGAGAUCAUCAUAGGCAACCUCUCGCCUGACCUCGCUUCUAGGAUGAGUAAGAAUCUCAAAAAGCACCGUGACCUCUCUAAGAUACUCGAUAGAGUUACCCAAGGUUUCAAUCUUGAUAGUGCGGCUCGAGUAGCUGCAUGGUUACAAUUACUACGAUCAUGCCAAGCUGCGUUAGAGAUAAUUAGAUCUAUCGAGAUGCUACCACCAACAUCACCGUUGAGGAUUGAAGUACCCUGUAUAUCCAGCCUGCUGGAGUGCCGUACACCAUUACUACAAAUACAGCACAUGUUGGAGGCCAGCUUUGACCUAGAUGCCUGGGCAGCUGCUGGGCCUACCCACCUAUCGAUCAAGGUUGGCAUCAUCCCUGAACUUGAUGCAUUACGUGAACAGUACGAUAAGUUGGAGGACAUCCUCACUAGGAUGGGUGCUGCUGAAUCCAAGGCCUUAGAGGACAGACUACAACAACAACAAGGAGGAGGAGGAGGAGCAGGCUCGAUACCUUCAUGUUCUCUCGCGCCUAGUAAUAUCGACUAUCUCGGUAACGAUCCCAAUGACCCUUGGUAUGAGGCUUUGAGUACUACAGGCUGUGACCACCACUCAGACCAUCGUCCCAUAGCUGGUAGCUGCAUCAGCGACAGUCAACUCUGCUCCAGGCCUGUACAUAUACAACUGCAGUACUUCCCUCAAAUGGGGUUUGUAGCCUCCCUGCCGACUGCAGAUGUUCAGGAGGUACUCGUCCCACUACUUUCUACCGGGCGGGAGAAGCUCAGAGAUAUUGGCGAUGACUGGCAGGAAUGUGUUGAUGUUGUAUGCGGGAACCUCGAGGGCUGGGACUUCAAGUUUCGUACUGCCGACAGAGCCUUCUUCAAAAGCCCUAUAACACGAAGGCUCGAUAAAUACCUGGGUAACAUAGAAUCUAAGAUGAUAGAGAUAGAAUACGAGUACCUCUAUAGACUAGCGGAUAAACUCGAGGAGAUCGGGAACUGCCGUACUCAUAUACUAACAGGGCCGAAUUACUCUGGCAAGAGUGUUCUACUUAAACAGAUAGGCUUAACGGCAGUGAGUCGAGAGUCAGGUCCAACUAAGCAAUGCCGCAUGCAACUCCUAACACAACUCUUCGCCCGAAUGGCUAGCUCCGAUCAGAGGAUACCAAAGUUCGUUAGUGCUGGGGAGAGAAGGCAAUUAGAGGACAUCGUCAGAUCAAGCACCCUCCUCUCAACCUUCACCAGGGAUGCCCAUGAGGGUAUCUACCCCCGAACGGGUGACCUUAGCCC